UACUUUUCAAGUACACAAUAGGAAUUUAUAUUAUUUAUACUAUAUGGCGUACAUUUUUAUCAUGUAUUCUUUAUGUUAUUAAAUAUAUACCCAAUUAUGAUAUCAAUGUGUGUAAUCACGAUUCAAUUUAAGGUUGAACUAUCAUGGUGACGUAUAACGUAGUGGACGUGGACGCUUGUUCAACAACAGUCGUCACCUCUGUAGCUUGCUGGCAAAAAUAGGAAACGCUUUAGACCGUUUUAGUGUAUAUUAGACGCUGUGUUUUGAACACACUUCAUUUGUUUUUAUUGGCUAGCAGAUUUAAUUUAAUGACUUUGUUUCGCUAGGGUACUGAAACAUACAUUGUUGUUUUCAGUUAGCUGGCUAAAGGUAGCAAUAGCCUAGCUAGCUAAAAUCCCAACGAUGAGUUCACUAAACUACUCUUCCCCUACUAAAGAAGAGGUUUGCUGGACGCUGAAAGACGGUGUCUGGCUGAACAUUGUCGUGAAAGAGGAAAAUGAGGAGGAGGAUGUGACAGUUGAAAAAGUGGAGUCUGAGGCUGUUCAAGUGAAAGAAGAAGAGAAUGACGUUCCUGUGAAAGAAGAGAAAGAAUUUUUUAUGGUGAAAGAGGAGGAGAACGAAGUUCCUGCGAAUGAAAUGAAACAUGUGGAAAAUAUGACUGAGAAGAAAGUGAAAGGUGCAGAUUUGAGAAUGAAAACGGGGAAGAUUACUGUCACAUUAGAGGAGGAGGAAGUGGCUGGAGGUCGCAUUAGCACCAGAGAGAGAAGGGAUUAUCCUGGAUCAACUGGGGACCCUCAACAACACCAAGGUCCUGACAAGGACAACAGUAUCCUACCCCUCCCAUACUUCCCUGAGUCCCUGGGUCGUGUCUCUGUCAGUAGGACUUUACUGUUGGGUCUGAAGAGGGUGUCAGUGAGGCUGGUGGACUGCAGGAAACCUCUGGGACUGAACGAUAACACAAGAGGAGGAGGAGAUUUGACACAUCAAGGUUGACAGUACAAUCCAUCAUGACUCAAACAUCAUCCUCCAGCAGGUUGACAGUACAGUCUAUAAUGACUCAAACUAUCAUCCUCCAGCAGUUUGACAGUACAGUCCAUAAUGACUGAAACAUCAUCCUCCAGCAGGUUGACAGUACAGUCCAUCAUGACUCAAACAACAACAUCCUCCGGCAGGUUGACAGUACAGUCCAUCAUGACUCAAACAACAUCAUCCUCCGGCAGGUUGACAGUACAGUCUAUAAUGACUCAAACUAUCAUCCUCCAGCAGUUUGACAGUACAGUCCAUAAUGACUGAAACAUCAUCCUCCAGCAGGUUGACAGUACAAUCCAUCAUGAUUAAAACAUCAUCCUCCAGCAGGUUGACAGUACAGUCCAUCAUGACUCAAACAACAACAUCCUCCGGCAGGUUGACAGUACAGUCCAUCAUGACUCAAACAACAUCAUCCUCCGGCAGGUUGACAGUACAGUCCAUCAUGACUCAAACAACAUCAUCCUCCGGCAGGUUGACAGUACAGUCCAUCAUGACUAAAACAUCAUCCUCCGGCAGGUUGACAGUACAGUCCAUCAUGACUGAAACAUCAUCCUCCGGCAGGUUGACAGUACAGUCCAUCAUGACUAAAACAUCAUCCUCCGGCUGGUUGACAGUACAGUCCAUCAUGACUAAAACAACAUCAUCCUCCGGCAGGUUGACAGUACAGUCCAUCAUGACUCAAACAACAUCAUCCUCCGGCAGGUUGACAGUACAGUCCAUCAUGACUCAAACAACAUCAUCCUCCGGCAGGUUGACAGUACAGUCCAUCAUGACUCAAACAACACCAUCCUCCGGCAGGUUGACAGUACAGUCCAUCAUGACUGAAACAACAUCAUCCUCCGGCAGGUUGACAGUACAGUCCAUCAUGACUCAAACAACAUCAUCCUCCGGCAGGUUGACAGUACAGUCCAUCAUGACUCAAACAACACCAUCCUCCGGCAGGUUGACAGUACGAUCCAUCAUGACUCAAACAACAUCAUCCUCCGGCAGGUUGACAGUACAGUCCAUCAUGACUCAAACAACAUCAUCCUCCGGCAGGUUGACAGUACAGUCCAUCAUGAAUAAAACAUCAUCCUCCAGCAGGUUGACAGUACAGUCCAUCAUGACUCAAACAACAUCAUCCUCCGGCAGGUUGACAGUACAGUCCAUCAUGAAUAAAACAUCAUCCUCCAGCAGGUUGACAGUACAGUCCAUCAUGACUGAAACAUCAUCCCAUUACAGGAUGAGUGAACAAUGUUUCCCUGUGUUGUGGCCAGCGUUGGGGUAAUGCGUUACAGUAUAAGACCACUAAAUGUGUAACAUAACGCAUUAGUUAUUUAAUUUACGUAAUCCCUUACUAGUUAUAAUUUCUAGUGAAUAACACAUUACUCAAGUUCCUUUUCUCUAGUAGCAAGUGGCAACAAAGGACGCAAAGAUGGCAGCACCAGCUCUUCCAGAUACAGGUUCUUCAUGAAACACAAACCACAGCCACUUGCCUAGCUCCCAUUCAUUUAAAACGAUAUGUAACGUCGACUAGCGAUUUGUGGAGCGGAAGGCUGAGCUUCGUGAUUCAGGCCUUCGUGAUUCAGGCCUUCGUGAUUCAGGCCUUCGUGAUUCAGGCCUUCGUGAUUCAGGCCUUCGUGAUUCAGGUAAUAUCUUGGUGGGAUCUCUUGCCUGCUGGACAACCAAAGUUCAAUCAGACAUCAUCCUCUGUUGGACAACCAAAGUUGAUCCCAAAUCAACCUCCAUUAUUUCCAGGCAAACGAAUGUUCAAUUUUGAAUGAACAGGUAGCUGCCCCUUCAGAGCUAUAUUAGCAAUAUACAGAAAGUACAUAGGGCAGCGGGGCUUGUUUGGGAUUCACCAGAGUAAGCUUUUAUUCCGUUAAUAAACAUUAUGUAGCUCACAUUGUUUUAGUAUAUGGGAGGUGUUAAUAGUGGUUUAAUAGUGGGCGUUUAUAUAAGCGGAGAAACAUUUUCUUUUGUCAACUACAGUUCAUAAUAAAUUAAUAUCUAAAUACAUGUUCUGUUUCUAAAUGAGAUUUUUCUGUAUAAUUUCAGAACAGAUUUAGUAAUUAUUCACCUCUGAAUAAAGUCAUGAAACUAAUGGAUUAUGCACAUUAUUGCAAAGUUUUCUUUUUGAUUUAAAUUGCAAUUUUCUUUUUGAGGAGGUAUGUUUAUCAAUGUAUAAGUCAACAGAUGUUAUUUUUGUUCUUCAUUGUUCACUGCAGUGGAUCUAUCUAGUAUUGAAGUCUGUACAUAUAGGCUGUUAAAUUAGCCUGGCCUGAAAAUGUGGAGGCACGUUGAUUAAAGAACUAAACGCAAGUACAGUGGGGAGAACAACGAU